AUGGCGAAAAAGAAGAAGCAGCGGAACAGCGGCGCAGUGGUCGCCCGUACCGCUGGGGCCGAGAAGAACGGAGGCACUUCCGACGGUGCCCUGCGUCCCGAACUCCUCGCCAGCGCUGUGAAGUCGGCACAAUGGCUAGCAGCCACGCCCGGCAAGGGCGAUGCGGCAGCGGUGGCAGAGCGGCUCCUUAACGCGGUGAAGCCGAUAAUCUUCCUUCGCGCUGCGAAAUACGAGCUAGACGCUCAGUCGUCCAAAGCUGGCGAUGCUACUGCCGCUGGCAAGCCCCAGGCGCCGCGGAAGCGGCGGAGGGAAGAGCCCUCCUCUCAUGAGGCGCCCUCAGGUGAGGAUGUGGAUCGUGCCGUCGAGGCCUUUAAGGCCCUGGCAUCACAGCCGGAGCAGCUUCUAGCCCCUUGCUGCAAACUGCUACGCUCGGCUUUGCACCCGCUGGUCGAGGCCCACAAGCGCGAGGAGAAAGCCUCGCCAGCUUUCCGAAUUACUUGCAUGCUGGGGCAGAA